AUGGAGGCCAUUGGAAAUGCAGGUUCUGCCAUAGGCAUAUUGUCCAAAGAUGGGGUUGUGUUGAUAGGUGAAAAGAAAGUCACUUCCAAGCUCCUUCAAAGCUCAACAUCACCUGAGAAGAUGUACAAGAUUGAUGACCAUGUAGCAUGUGCUGUGGCUGGAAUAAUGUCUGAUGCCAACAUUCUUAUCAACACAGCCAGGGUCCAAGCACAGCGCUAUACUUUUGCUUACCAAGAGCCCAUGCCCGUUGAGCAGCUAGUCCAGUCUCUAUGUGACACGAAACAAGGCUACACGCAGUUUGGUGGACUCCGUCCAUUUGGUGUUUCGUUUCUGUUUGCUGGCUGGGAUAAAAAUUAUGGCUUCCAGCUUUACAUGAGUGACCCAAGCGGAAACUAUGGUGGCUGGAAGGCUGCAGCCAUUGGAGCAAACAAUCAGGCGUCUCAAUCAAUGCUUAAGCAGGACUACAAGGAUGAUAUGACAAGAGAAGAGGCGGUACAACUUGCACUUAAGGUGCUCAGUAAGACAAUGGACAGCACAAGUCUUACUUCAGAGAAGCUUGAACUGUCUGAAGUAUUCCUCUCUUCUGGUAAAGUGAAGUAUCAGGUGUGCUCUCCAGAAGCCCUGAGCAAGUUGUUAGUGAAAUUUGGUAUGACCCAACCAGCCCCUGAGGCUUCUUAA